AGUCAGCCUCCUGUGCCACUCCCAUCAAGCUCACAAGAAAACCAAAACAGCAACCAAUCAACAAGCGAUCGAGCACCUUCGCCGCCGUUGAAGACGACGACGACGACGACUCCGGCAUGGGCAACAGCCUGCGGUGCUGCCUGGCCUGCGUCCUCCCCUGCGGAGCGCUCGACGUCGUCCGCAUCGUCCACCUCAGCGGCCACGUCGACGAGUUCAGCUGCCCGGUCACCGCCGGCGCCGUCCUCGCCGCUCACCCCAACCACACGCUCACCACCACGUGGUCCUCCGCCGGCGUCGGGUGCCCCACCAAGAAGCUCGUCAUCGUCUCGCCCGACUCCGAGCUCAAGCGCGGCCGCAUCUACUUCCUCAUCCCCUCGGCGACCCUGCCGGCCGACAGGAGGAAGAAGAGCCGGCAGAGCUCCAACAAGAAGAGCAAGCGGCCGAGCCACCACCAUCACAAGAGCAACGGCGCGGCGACGGCCGCGAGCACGGCGGAGCAGGACAACUACCUGAGGGAGCUUCUGUCCGAGAAGACGGCGGCGUCGGGUGGCCAGCGGAGGCGGCGGAGCGGCAGUCGGGUCGGCGUGUGGCGGCCGCAGCUCGAGAGCAUAGUGGAGGAGCAAUCGGAUUAAUUAAGGAGAGCUCGAAGAGCAAUCUUCUUUUUCCACUCAUAUAUAUUCUUUUGGUUUUCUUUCUGAUCUUCCGAUGUGAAUACCACGAGAGAGAAGGCAUUUCCGGUUCUCUCACCUUCAAUCCGUCGACGCAUGUAUAAACAUGUCCGGGUUUGAGCGGUUUUUAGCUCGGGAGAUGAGGGGAAAACGGUGACGGAAUAAAUGUAAAAAGAGCCCCAACCUGUACAAAGAGAUUUGGUUGGGUUCAUUCAAGCUUUCUAAAUGGAAAAAGGGCUUCCUUUUCUUAAA